GUGAGAUUAUUCGGGUUUGUGCCGCGGCGGUUGUGCGUAGGUUUUGGAAGGGGGACGGGCAUGCCCCGGCGUUAGGUCGCAGUUGAAUUGUAUUUACAUAUAAGUUUUACACAUUGGGGAAUUGACAACGAAGGACCAUGAAGCUGGCAAUAAAGCAGCCCAGUGAGAGCAUGCCAAAUAUCCUCACUGAAGAGGAAGAUGAGGAGAGCAUGGCUGCAUCUGAAUUGCAAGACAUGCCACAGGAUGACAUGGAGCAUACAAUGGAAGAGGAAGAUGAAGACGUGCCAAUGACCAUUCCGGCGGACGUGUCGUGCGUGGUGCCCGGCUGUGGCCGCCGCCACGGCCGCAUGUGCACCUUUCCCGUGGAGGGUGAGAUGCGCGCCGCCUGGACCAGCGUGCUGGAGGCUGUAUACCCGACGCUCGACAUUAACGCACCAGAGCCCAAGCUCAAGCUACUCUGCGAGGACCACUUCGAGUUGACAGACUUUGAUGAGCGCGGCCUGAUCCAGCCGUCAGCGGUGCCCACGCGCUUCCCAGGCGGCGUCAAGGUGAUCUACAACAGUAGCGGCGAGGCCGGCGACGAGGAGGCAGUCGCCGAGGCGGCUGAGCCGGCUGAGCCGGCGCCCAUUGCCUGCUGCGUGCCCGGCUGCACGACCGUCGACCUGGCGGACAGCAUGUACCUAUUCCCGGAGGAUCUCCAUCGCGCCUGGUCUUCGAUCAUCUCGGCAGCUACAAGCAAACAUGCGUGGAAAAGGGGUGACCUGGACCCGAAGACCCAACGGCCCUUGGAAAUGAGAGUUUGCAAGGAACACUUUGUGCCCGAGAACUUCAACGCGGACAAGACUCUGAAGGCUGGCUCCCACCCCAGCCUGUUUGACAAUGGCAAGAAGAAGGUGAUUCUCCGACCUUCGACCGCCGCCGCCGCCGCUCAGACGCCUAAGCCAAAGCCGGCCCCCGCAGCUCGGAAGACGUACACACCCAAGCACAUCAGCCAUAAAACGGACCCAGGGAAGAAGAUGGGUCCCGUAUUUGUAAACGUGACGGACGAGGGCCUGCAGCUGGUGCACAAGAAUGGUGCGACGGUAUCGCUGCAAGACCUGACGCUGGCAGAGCUGCGCCGCAUCAGUGACUGUCUCAAGGACAAACUGAAGACGGACGUAUCUGACGACGAGAGGAAGAAUCUUAAGCUCUGCGAAACACAGGUCAAUCCAGUGCUGGAGGAGAAGGAGGCUGGCGAAGCACAGAACCCUGAUAGUUCUCCUGUGAUGGCGGAUGUACUGGCACUGAACCCGGACAUGGAUGACGAGGACGUCAAGCGUCUGGUGGAGGGCAUCAAGCAGGUGGAUAAGCAGCGACGCGAGUACGAGCGCUCGCUUUCCCGCUACUUCGAGGACUCUGACAACUUCGCCAGGGAGUCGGAGGCCCUCACGCUGAAACUCAACACGCUCAAGAGGAAGAUCUCCGCCAUGGAAACCACGUUUCUGCGGUUCUUCAAGUACCAGGAUCAGCGCCGGGCCCUGAUGGGCGACUCGCAGGUGAAGUGGGCCGUGCCCACGCUCACCAUAGCACGCGACAUCAUACAGAAGGUGGGCAAGACGGCGUACGGCCGCCUGCUGCGCAUGGGCUUCCCGUUGCCGUCGGCUGACGCGGUGGCAUCCUCGGUCGAGCGGGCCAGCGCCGAGAACGUCCAGUGGGGUCUGGUGGACGUGACGGAGGAACGUUCGGCCGAGACUGGCUCCGACGAGCGGCUCGAGAACGGCUCCACGGAGGAGGACGCACCAGCUGCCAAGAAGGCUCGCACGGAAGACUCCGCUGGCGCUGGCGGGGACUGCGGCGGCGCCGGCGCGCUCCAGGGCAUCACGGCCGAGCACCUGCAGGACGUGCUCGCCGGCAAGGGCACACUGCAGGACUCCCAGGGUCGCAUCAUCAAGGUCUCCUUGGCUGAGGUGCCCGGCGCGCCGCCCGGCGCUAAGACCGUUGUCAUGGAAACGCCCGACGACGCCGGAGAAGUGCGAUACGUGCCAUCUGUCGACGGUGCUGACGCCUAGCAGUGCACGUUGCUGGACGUAGAGGGCAGUGCAGGCCUUGUCAGUGUCACCCGCAGGUGAACAGCGGUCGGGAGAGGGGGUGGGAAGGGCUUGAUUUGGCUCACAGGACAAUGGAUGCGUAUCACGGGAACCUCAAGGGUUGCAUCAAGAGGAUCCUGACGUCACAGAUGUUGAUGCCGUGAACACUCCCAUUUGGCCCGUGAUCAAACGUAGCCUCGCAGCCGACGGAUGGUUCACGAACCCUCGGGAUGAAAAGCGCCGGCCGUAUGUUGUCGGAUGUCAUUAACCAUUAUAGUUAUCAGUCACCAUCGUCGUUGUGAAUACAUUCAUCAUUUGAAGCUU